CAUAGCAACCGUGUAGCUUGGGAUGCCGCGUUACCUGGCAACCGGCGCACGGCCUGGAAGACACCGGAGCCGCCAUGAGCUGCCGCCUACAGAGGGCCUCCGCCGCCGCCGACUACUACCUGUCCCGCCGCGUCCCGGAGAGACUGGAGGAGGCGCUGAACCGCAUCUACCACCGGGGACCGGAGGACGUGUACGGGCACCUGUCCAACUACUUUGCAGAGUUCUCCGACCCUCCAGUCGUGAGUGACGUCCGCGGAAGGAAGGUUCUGGAUGGCGCCGGAAAGGCGACUGUGGAAGCUGAAGUUGUGUGCAGAGUGCGGACUGUCCACAAGAGAAUGUGUGGGGCCGUCGCCUCCGUAGACUCUGAUCAUGCGGCGCCGCUCACCAGCGAGGAGGAUGAGGACGCGGAGAGACGGAGGCGGGAAUCAGUGCAGACCGCCAUUGGAUGGAUACAAGACUCUAUAGGACCCUCACUGAGAGGCAUGGAGCCCACCGAGCAGAGCGCCAUCGACCGACUGCUGAGUGAUUAUUUUAGGGCAAAGAAGCAAGAAGACAAAGAAUGCAGAGAGGCCGAGAGUGAGAAAGCGCCGUCCCCGACAGUGUCCGUCCCAUCCCCCGCACCAUCACCCCCAGCCAGCAAGAAGAAGACAAGCGCUAAAGGUAAGAAGGUGGCAGUGUCAGAGAAGCCGAUCCCCCCUGCAGAGCCUCCUGAUCCGGCCAUCAGGGGCGCUCUAGCGCUGUCUGCGGUGUCACUGGCUGUAGCAAAGAGCAGCGCGGCCCUCCGUGAUAUCCCGCUGCACUCGCAUAUAGCAGCGUUACAGCAGCAGCAGCCGCCCCCGGAGCUGGCGAUCCCGACGCCUCUGAUCUCGCUGCUGAGCUGUGGAAAAUCCUCUCCCGGAAAACUCAACCUCAUGAAAGAAAUCAUGGUGAUCCCAAAGCCGGGGACGGCCACGGCACAGAGCCUGGACCUGAUCUCGUCCCUCCAGACACUGAUCCUGAAGCAGAUGGAGGCGCAGAGCAAGGGAGGACAGUCGGUAAUGAAGAGCGUGUCGCCGCUGGGCUGCCUCGUCCUCGCCUGCGAACGCUUGGAUCAACCUCUGGAGUUAAUUCGAGACGCCUGCGAGCAGCUCGGCCUAGAACUGGGAACGGACGUGUAUUUAGCCAUAAAUUGUGCGGCCCACGAAUUAAUGGACUAUAACAAAGGGAGAUACGAAGUCACCAGCGGAACCUGGAAGAGUCCGGAUGAGAUGGUCGAGCUGUACGUGGAUUUAAUAAAACGGCACGCCGCCAUCGUAGCGUUACUGGAUCCUUUCAGGAAAGAGGACAAGCAGCAGUGGGAGGCUCUGGGAAAAGCUGUCGGCUCCAGAUGUUACCUGAUGGCAGACGUGGCAUCGGGAUCGGUGGUCGGCCUCCUGCAGGGCAGUAACGCCCCUGUCUGCAGCGGCCCCAUCCUUAAACUGACCAAUGAAACCACAGUGUCCGACCUGCUGGCUGCCGUGCGGCUGAUUGAAGGAGAGAAGCGUCUGACAGUUCUGGGGGGCACGUCUGAGGAGAGUGCGGAGGACGGCAUCGUAGAUCUG